AAACAUCUGUUGAAAAUGAGAACUCCUUCUUCACAAAAGAUUUAACACACACAAGUAGAAGGGGAAAUUGACAGUUCAGUCAGUUCAUUUAAUUUUCUCUUUCUCUAAUUUUUCCCAAAAAUGUGUUUUUUCCAAAAUAUUAAUGUGCUCAAGAUAAUUAGAUUAACAAUUUAUUUAUUAUAACAUAAAAUUAUAACUGUUAUUUGUCGCCGAGGUACUUAUAAAUCUGUGAAUUAAAGUUCUUUCUUCUACCUCAUGUAAACAUUAUGAAGAUACUUGAACAUUUUUUCGUAUUUCAUAUUAUGGAAAAUCAGUGUGAGAGAUUUAAAGUUUCGUUCUUGAAUUCACAAUGGUAUACAAACUACUAAGAAUUAUAAAUCUCCGAUAUAAUCAAUCAAAAGAAGCUGAUGGUAUUUUAUGGGUCAGUGUUUUAGUACUAGGAGAUCCCAGGAUGCACAGCAGCCUAGACAUGGUAUUAAAACAUAUUUAGUGCAACAAGCAUCUGAAACUGCUUUUUCUGAAAGCAAAACUGAUCAAUCCAUAGAAACUCUGGGCGAUAUAAUGGCCACGUCAUUUUCUAAUAUGAAUCUAACAAAUCCGAUCAAAGGACUUGUUAGUAAAAGAAGAAAUAGAUACAAGAAGGAUGGCUUCAACCUUGAUCUGACCUAUAUUACUGAUAAUAUAAUAGCAAUGGGAUACCCAGCCUCUAAGAUUGAAGGAGUGUACAGGAAUCACAUAGACGACGUAGUCAAAUUUCUAGAUCAAAAGCAUCCGGAUCAUUACUACAUCUACAAUUUGUGCUCAGAAAGAAGUUAUGACAAAUUAAAAUUCCACAACAGAGUCAAAAUUUUUCCCUUCGACGAUCACAAUCCACCAAAGAUCGAUUCGAUCGAACCGUUUUGCAACGACGUCAACGAAUGGCUGUCGAAGGACCAGAAAAACGUGGCGGUGGUCCACUGCAAGGCAGGUAAAGGCAGGACCGGGACCAUGAUAUGCUGCUACCUCCUUCACAGCCGCAAGUUCAAAACCGCCGACCAAGCGCUCAAUUUCUACGGGCAGACCAGGACUCAGGACAAGAAGGGCGUUACAAUACCCAGCCAAGUGCGUUAUGUGCGGUACUACGAGACACUAUUGCGCAACCGACUGGAUUACACACCGGUUUCCAUGUACAUAAAAGAAUUUAUACUUAACCCAGUGCCGAAUUUUACAGGCGGGCAAGGUUGUUUAUCCCUCACCAUUUCGCAUCAGACUAUCUGCAAGGAAGGACCGACGCUCAGCGUUAAAGUGCAGAAACUCCGGAAGAAUGAUACUUUCGAGGUGAAGAAGAGUGAUCUGCCGUUUUCGAUCAAGUUGGAUUAUUGUCUGCCGCUCACCGGCGACAUAAAGGUCGAGUUUUUCAACAAAACCAUGAUGAGGAAGGAGAAAUUGUUCCAAUUUUGGUUCAAUACGUUUUUCAUUUGCGAAGUCGAAAACGGAUUCUUGCAGAGCAACGGUGGCAGCGAGGACGUUUGUUAUGUGUUGACAUUCGAGAAGAAUGAAUUGGAUAUCGUUAACAAGAAGGAUAAGCAGAACAAAAUGUUUAAUGCCAAUUUUAAGCUUACAUUGCGUCUUCAAAGGAUUCCUCGUGACGAGUGUCCCACGUCCUACGAGCGAAACUCCCAAGCGCAAGACACGCCGAGCGAAAGUUCGGCGGACUCGUCCGACGAUUAUACGAACGACGAAGACUGGGACAGCGGUGAAGGUAAUUCGUUGCUGCCCAAACACGAACCCUGUGAUUCAAACAAAAGUUGAUGAUCUUCAUUAAUUACUAAUUAUCUGUAUAAAGUUUGUUAGAUUGUACAUUUUAGGUGUACUGUAAAUAAUUUGAAAGAAUAUUUUCAUUUUAAGUACUAUUUAUAUAGUGCGAGAUGGAUCAAGGUAAUUCCCCCGUCUUUUAUCGUUAUUACGGAUUGUAUGGCUGGAAAAAAAAAGUAGGGAAACAAAAAUAAAUUUGCAGGAACGUUAAUGAAAGGUUCGUAUAAUGUUUGCCAACAAAUUUGACAGAAGUUUAUUAAAAAUAAAGUUUUGAUGAAAAGUAAUUCAUUGUCACUUUUGUUCUAUGAAGAAAUAAACGCGUUAUUUCAAAAAAAUUGGGGGAAUAUUAGACUUUUUGUAAAAAAAAAACUCGGAUGAACGGAUUUCGUAGCUGAUCACCAUUGAGGCAGGCCUCUAAUGGAAUUUGUUUACAAAAAACCGAAUAUUCGAUCUGGUUUGACCGUAACUUUCUUAUAGAAUAGCGUACUUCAAUAACAGUUAUUUCUUCUAUAGUUAACAUUUUAUUAUAAUAUUCUUGCUACCUAGAACAAAAAUGCUAAUUACAUUUUAGAAAUGUUUUUUGCUUGAAAAUAUAAUAAGUUAAACACAUUUCUAUGAUUUUAUUGACUGAUAAGGAAUGCCAGAAUGAUUGUUCCUACAAUGUGGGAUUCUCCUAGUAAAAGAACAUUUAAAAAUAACAAGAAAUAUUGAAAAAAUCUUAAAAAUAAUUACUAGAUAGUUAAAUUUGAGAUAGAAAAUGUGGGAUAGUGUUUAUAUUACCCAUAUGUCACCAUCUAGCUCACGUAUAUAUGCCAGCAUCUGUGGAAGGCUUAACCAGAACAUAUAUCAUAUUAUAGUGUUGUUACGCAUCGAUACAGUUCCAAUGCGUUUUAAAUUUAAAACCACAAUUUCUAUAUUUUUUGAAAAUAAAAAAUAACUGAGGAGAAUUCCCCAUUCACAUAGUUUUAGGAGCAUUUGUUCAGCGUUCCUUUAUAAUUACAUCACUGGUAAAAUAACCGAAAAUGGAAAUAAAUACGAUUUAACACUUUUACCUGCUUGAAAUGAUAUGAAUACCAGAAUAAUUUAAAAAUAGUCUGGAAGAUGCAAUUUUGUAUAUUAUUUUCAAUCACGGAUAAUUCAAUGAUCUUUUAGUGGCAAAUUUGUGAUAAUUGCAUUGAAGGUAAAAUAGGGUAAAAUAUCUCUGAAACUGUUUGAGAUAUUUGAAUUCUGUAAAAGCCAAUUAAUAAGAUGGUGCAUUCGUUUUAAGUACAAAUUAUUUUUGAGAUUUUAAUAGAUGACACUGGAUUUUCAGAGAUAUUUAACUUGUUAAUUUUUCAUUGGAAUACUAUUUUCUUGAUUUCUACAUUCAGGAGUAAUUUUGUUUUUAUUUUAGGGGUAAUUUUAUAGUAUCUCCUUGCAGGGGUACAUGCAUGAUUUCUUUAAGAUAACUUUAUUAUAGUUAUCUUUUUAAGGGACAAUUUUGUGAUAUUUUCAUUUCAAGAGUACAAAAUUAUUGAUUUAGUGAUUUAUUUUAAUAAAGGAACUAAAUAUUUAUUUAUUUGAAUGAUUUGACGCUCAUAUGUCGUAUAAUAAAAAGUUCCUAUUUUAUGUUUUUCUCUAUAAUUCAAAAUAUAGUACCUUUUUUUAGAAAAAUGUCUUAAUAAAAGAUCCGUAUUAUUAAUUUAUUGCUAUGACAAGUGACAUUGGUGGGUGAUAUGUGCUUUGUCAACUAAAAUGGAAAAAAUAUAUUUAGAUGAGUGAAUGGUUUUUAAAUUUUUGUUUAAAAAUUUAAAUUACGUCAGUAAAUCAAAAAAUGUUCUAUAAAUUGCGUCUCCUCAAAAGCAGUUAAAACAUUUCAAAUUUUCAAAACUAUACAGGGUUUUCCAGGAAAAAGAUAUACCUAUAUUAAAGUUUUUUUCCUUUAUAACCAUACCAAAUAGUAUGUAUAGUAUUUCACAUGCUAUAACCAGUUUUAUAUUAAAAUCAUAUUGAUUUAAAUGACCUGAAUACUACAGAUUUUCGAUAUUAGUCAACUUCUUAUACCGAUGCACUUUUUAUAUAAUAUUGGUUAUAGCGUGUAGAAAACCCUAUAUAAUCCCAUACCAUUUGGUAUUGUUAUAAUGAAAAAGCGGGGGCAAUUCAAAUACAAAAUUUAAAAAAAAAAACUUAAGGUACUACUUUCUUCGAGAAUCCUGCACAAUUGAAAUUAUUUUUAAUACAUUUUGUUUUGAAAACAGACCAAGGCAUUAUCGAUGGCCCACCCUGUAUUAAUUAAAUUUAUUAUCAUGUUUUUUUAAAUCGUGAUUAAAUGGUAAAACAGUUGCUUGCACAUUUAUUCUGCCACCAAAAAGACAAAAGCAAAUCCAUAAUACCUCUUAAAGCUUACAAAUUAUACAGAGAUAAUUGUUUUUGCUGUAACACCUUUAAAAUAUUUAAAAACCUGCUCAUGACCGCCAUCAACAAUUUUUUUUAUUUGCAUUAAAGAUUUUUUCGUCUUUAAUUCUAAAAAAAAAUAAAAAUUAUAUUAUUAAUUCAAUUAUGUAACUUCGGUUAUGAACAACACUCAACUUGGUUCUUUUAUAUAAAGCCUUGUUCUUCUCUAUCCAUUUCAUGUUCUGUUUUCUUUUCUUUCCCGUUCUCAUAUUUAUUUUUCGGAUCUUUUAUGGUAUCAUUCUUUUGGAAUGUCUAAACCAUCUUAAUUGAUUUUCAUUUCUAUCAAUGACUGUAUCUCUAAAUUUCUGAUCCUCUUAUUUUCAAUUUUGCCUCUUUUACUGUCUUUAGAUGGUGUAUUUUAAUAAGUAAUCUUUAUAUUAAUGCUAGUUGUCUCACUUUAUACAAAAAUGAUUUUUUUUUUACAUUUAAUAAUAAUAAUAUUCAUCUGCUUUUGAGGAGACGACAUGUUCCUCAAAUGGUACAAAACCAAAUUUAUUUAUUUUUUACAGUAUUAAGACUAACAUAAUUUAAAAUUAUCUUGCCGUUUGUAUAAAUUGAGCUGUUUUGAAGAAAAUACUGCAUAUUAUUUCGUUCAAAAUAAAAAAUUGUCCGCAUCUUUAACUCAUAGCCUUAACAGCCAUAACUACUGUUCAAACAAUUUUAAUUUAUUGAUGAAACUGUGUCUAAUUAUAUAUCCUUACAGUAAUGUAACUUUUUAUUUUUAUGUUUACUUUUUAAACUCGAUCUCUGGAUAAGCGAUUUUCUCCAGUGGUUACAAUUUUUGAACAAGGUUGAGUUGAAGAUGCGGGAACAAUUUGAAAACGGAAUAAUUUCGCAAACGGAAAUCAUAUUUUUUUUGAGAAUGAUCCUUUUAAUAAUAAUAAUAAUAAUACAAGAUGGGGAUGCCUUUUUACCUGUAUGAUUAGUUUUAUUAUUAAAUCUAAUUUUAAAAGAGGAGUAGUAGUUAUGGCUAACCGUGAAAAAAUAGAGUACCGAU